GAUGAAUGAGUAAAGAAAGAGAGGGCGUAAUGCACGUUCUCGGUGAAGAAGAGCGAAAGAAAGCGACUCCGCGGCAAGAGCAAGAGAGACGGAGAUAGGAGAACAGCGGCGCAUGCCGUAGCCACGGCCCCCGCCGACUGUAAAACUCGUGCAGAGAGCCCCCGUGUCGGUCGAAUUUUAAUGGCGGCCCGAUCCCGACGACUCCGCCGUUUACAGCGUGUUGUUUUGUGAGGAGUGAGCCACGCUCGGCGCUCGCGCAGCGCCGACGUUCACGUUAUCAAGACGCAACGCGAAUCAUCGUCGUCGGAUAAUCGUCGUCCGGUGACAAUCGCCCCCAGGGACGACGGCGCGGGUGUGCGUGCGGUGGUGGACGACGGCGGCGACACGGAGACCCGUUCGUGGUGGCGACCAGUGGGCCUUUCUCUCUUUCUCUCUCUCUUUCUCUCUACGGCGACAACCAGGGAGCGCGAGCUUCCUUCGCGCGAAGCAUGUCGCAUAUCCGCGAUGUGCCGUAGCCAACGUCACGUCGCACGAGCCUCGUAGCGAGCAAGGGGUACCAGACAAUGAUCGACAUGUCGGUGUCUAGAUUGAAGCACAGCUGGUAGUACUGUGUUAACACUGGCUCACUACCAGCAUAGCGGGGCACGCAUCCCAAUAUCAAUACCUUUUACAUUUCCUACCUUAGACCUGCAUACGCACUGACGCACACGUGUAGCGUGUGCGUGUGUGCUUUGUCAGCUGUCGCAUACACACCAUGAGAUUCCUGGGACUCACCCAGUCAUUUCCCAAAUUGCUCACAGUGACGCCUCCGCUGUCGCUCGUUUAUCGAUCAUCCUUUUCAUCCAUGUCCAUUGCCACAUGGUUCCUAGUGAUACUGGCGACCGCAGCGAUAGAUACUCCAGCUAGCACUGUUCCACCGAUACAAGACAAUAGAUCACCACAUAUACUGGCACAGUUUCCAGCGGAGAAUGGACAGCGAUAUGGACAUUUUCCCUUGGAGGCCAAUGCAACCAGAGAGGGAGCUUUGAGAUUUAAUCAUCUCGCCAUAGAUCCUUCUACGGGAAGGCUCUAUGUAGGAGCAGUCAAUAGACUCUUUCAACUCGAUUCAAAUCUCAAACUGGAAGAGCAUGUCUCGACAGGACCAAGAUUGGAUAAUCCUCAAUGUCAUGCAACAGGUUGCAUGGCAAGGGACAUAACCACUUCUUUAAUGGAUAAUGUGAACAAGCUACUAAUUGCCGAUCUCGAGUCGCAGAUGUUAAUCGCCUGCGGCUCUCUUCUUCAAGGUGCUUGCGAAAAAUAUAAAAUGUCCAACAUAUCCGUUAAGCCGGAGUUUAUCCCUCUCAGCGUGGCCGCCAACGACGAAAACUCGUCCACGUACGCUUUCAUCGGGCCCGAGAAAUACAAUCCAUGGGGACAAACGAACAUACUCUACGUGGGAACGACGUUUACCAAUAAAGGGGAUUAUCGUCACGACGUGCCAGCUAUCUCCAGUAGAAAUCUCGAUAAGUUGGACUUCGCCGAGUACACAUUCAACAAACAAUCGAUUGUGUACAUCGAUGUCAAGUAUCGGGAUCACUUUCUCGUGAAAUACGUGUAUGGUUUCAACGCGAGCGACUACGCAUAUUUUGUUCUCGUGCAGAAGCAAUCGUAUCUGCCCGAACAGGAGGAACUGGGAUACAUCUCCAGAUUAGCGCGAAGUUGCAUAAGCGAUCCGAAUUACGACAGUUAUACGGAAGUGACCCUGCAGUGUACGGUCGACUUGGGAGAUGGAAAGCAGCAUUAUUACAACUUGAUACAGGAUGCGAAGGUCGCCGCAGCGGGCAGCGAUCUGGCCAUGCAGCUUGGCAUCUCCGUGGGCGAUCCGGUAUUCGUCACCGUGUUCUCGCCCAGUAGAGGCAUCACGAACGAGGCUCUAUCACGUUCGGCAGUUUGUAUAUACAGCCUGCAAGACAUCGAAACCAAGUUCAACGAAAAUAUUCACAUGUGUUUCAACGGUAGCAUCAAGUAUCGAAAUAUGGGUUACGUCAGCGGUCCUAUACAAGACGGAAAGUGUCCUACCGCUGGUACUACAGGAAACAUUCUCAACUUUUGCGAGGUUGGAUUAAAAAUUUCAGGCGUAUCGCCAAUUACGGGCCAGGCUAUCUUGCAUUUUCCUGAUACAUUCAUCUCUUCGAUAACCAUCGCCAAUACCGAAAGCCACACUGUAGCAUUUUUCGGAACGAACGAUGGCAUUCUCAAGAAGGUUUUACUAUCUGGAACUGAAGCAUUCGUUUAUGAAAGUGUUAUGAUCGACAAGGGACAAAAGCUAUUGCCAGAUACACUGAUUUCACCGGAUGGCGAUUCUAUCUACGUUUUGUCCACUUCGAAGAUAUCAAAGGUCAAAGUGGAGCAUUGUAGUGGUUAUACCAAUUGUAGCAGUUGCCUCGAUGCAAAAGAUCCUUAUUGUGGCUGGUGCUCUUUGGAAAAGAGAUGUACGGUGAGAGGAGAUUGUCAGAAAGCAAGUCACAGCAGUCCACGAUGGUUGUCCUUGGGCACAGGUCAACAAUGCAUCGAUUUUGAGCAGGUGCUACCCGACCGUAUGCCUAUUAAUCAGAUGACUACGGUGCAAUUAACAAUCAGAACUUUGCCGGAAUUACCAGCGGGUGCUAAUUACAAGUGCGUUUUUGGUAACGCCGAGCCAAUAGACGCGCUGAUGACUGGUUUCGGAUUGUCUUGUCCAACGCCACCUGUCAUGGAGAGACCAAGUAUUCCUGAGGGCGCCGAUCAUGCGCUCGUGCCAUUGUCCGUGCGAUCGAGCGAGACGAACAAAGAUUUCGUCUCGCGUAACUUUGCGUUUUUCGAUUGUUCGAGACAUACCGUGUGCACCGAAUGCGUAAAGUCGCAGUGGGCAUGCAGCUGGUGCGUCUACGACAACAAAUGCACUCACAAUACUAGCUGUCAGGGCAUUAUAUCGGGAGAAAAUCAAAAUCAGAUCAACCUUGCUCCGCAAGGCGCACGACACUGUCCGAGAUUUGUAGAACGCAAGGAACCAUUGAUGCUGCCGAAUAGUGUGCCGAAAGAGAUAGUGCUCGAGGUAGAAAACUUGCCUCAUCCGCAGGUAGGCCAUAGCGGAUUUCAAUGUAUCGUCAGUAUCGAGGGUGCCAAUCUGAAGGUGCAAGCUCGUGUGGACAGUAGUCGUCUCAUCGUGUGCGACAAGACGGUAUACUCAUACGAGGCAGUCACUGGUGAAUACGAGGCCGAGGUGACAGUUGUCUGGAACACGAAUCACCACGUAGACAAGACCACGAUAAUUUUGUACAAGUGCGAAGUGCUCGGCUCGCAUCGCGAACACGCGGACUGUUCUCUGUGCGUGACGCGGGACACUCGAUUCGAAUGCACUUGGUGCGGAAACAGCUGCGUGUAUCGACACUCGUGUCUGCAGUCGCCGUUUACCGAGUGUCCGAAACCUCGGAUAGAUAUGAUCAAGCCAUUAAGCGGUCCGGUUGAGGGCGGCACGCUGGUAACCAUAGAGGGCAGCAAUCUUGGGUUGAAGGAGAGCGACGUGGAGGGUAAGAUACACAUCGGUAAUACUCCGUGUACUCUGGUAGAUUACGAAGUGUCGGUGCGUAUCGUCUGUCGCACCGGUCGGCACGAAGCUACAGAUGCGGCAUCCGUUGUGGUUGGAAACGACGCCGGUUACACGGAGAGCGCAGUGCUAUUCAAUUAUAAGGACAUACGCCUGACAGGCGUAUAUCCGUCAGUUGGACCGCAGAGCGGCGGCACGCAAUUGGCUAUCACCGGUAAGUAUCUAAAUAUUGGCAGCGCGAUAUCGGCGUAUCUCGAUGAGCUGCCAUGUCAAGUAAACGCGACCCAAGCGAGCAGCACGAGGCUGACUUGCGUGACUAGCAAAUCGGGCCGCGUGAGGCGGAUUCAUAGACUAACGUUGAAUAUCGAUGGUGCGAAUCGCACCCUCGUGGACAAUCCAUAUAAUUACACACACGAUCCGACCAUUAUGGAGAUUAAACCUCUGAGGAGCUUUGCCUCGGGCGGCCGUAUGAUCACCGUGCAUGGGACGAAUUUGGACACUAUUCAGAAACCCGAGAUGGAAGUAUACUUUGACAACGAGCCGUUGCCAGUGAAUAGAACCGUUUGCACCGUCCUGAAUCCCACGCAAAUGGAGUGUCCGAGUCCUAGCGUCACCAGGAGAUUUACCUCGAUCCGACGUACCAAACGUUCGGCGGUCGCCAAUGUCCAAGGCACUUCGUCGCCGCAAUCGUUAAGAUUGAAGGAGUCCCAGCUGUCUCUCAAGAUUGCCUUCAUCAUGGAUAACGUGGAAAGCGUGAGAGACUUGGAGAAGCACUUUCAGAAUCUUCGUAAUCGGUUGCUCUACGUCGAGGAUCCGAAAUUCUUUCCAUUUCCACGGAACGUUAAGCUAUAUAAGGGUGAUACAUUGGUGAUUGAGGGCGAGAAUCUCAACUAUGCUAGCGACGAAUCUGAUGUGAAUGUCACUGUAGGCAUUAUGCCGUGCAACGUGACGUCGCUCGCUCUCACGCAAUUGGUUUGCACGCCACCGGAUCAACAGCCCGUCGACACGGAUGAGCACGGCAUCAAGACUGACAGCGGGUUGCCAUUGGUAGUGGUGCGAGUAGGUCGCAGCUUACGUUUUCCCAUCGGUUAUCUGCGCUAUGAGGUCAUUAAGUCAUAUCCGAUUCCUCCGGAAGCGAUUGCCGGCAUCGCCGCUGGCACGUUUGGUCUCAUCUUUCUAUUCGUACUAGUAUUGGUCAUCUAUCGCCGUAAGAGUACUCAAGCGGAGCGCGAGUAUAAGCGUAUACAGAUACAAAUGGACACACUCGAGAGCAAUGUCCGGAUGGAGUGCAAGCAAGCAUUCGCAGAACUGCAAACGGACAUGACGGACUUGACCGCGGAUCUCGAAUCGUCAGGCAUACCCACUCUCGAUCAUAAAAAUUACAUCAUGAAAGUGUUCUUCCCUGGAGUGAUAGAUCAUCCCAUAUUGAACGAUCCGCGCUCGCGUAGCAACGUCUCACGUACUAACUAUGACGCGGCGAUGAUACAGUUCGAGCAACUCGUCAACAAUAAAUACUUUGUGCUGACAUUUAUAGAGACCCUGGAAGCGCAGAAGGAUUUUAAUAUCAGAGACAAGGUAAACGUCGCCUCCUUGCUUAUGGUGGUCUUAAUGGGAAAGAUGGAAUACGCCACAGAUAUUCUGAUGAAUCUAUUAUUAAGAUUGAUCGACAAAGCGGUGAACACGAAGCAUCCGCAACUUAUGUUAAGACGAACGGAAUCUGUGGUGGAGAAGAUGUUGACAAAUUGGAUGGCUCUCUGCAUGUAUAACUACCUGAAGGACUACGCCGGCUCAUCCUUGUUUUUGCUCUUCAAGGCGAUCAAGCAUCAGAUCGAGAAGGGACCGGUGGACGUAAUUACACACGACGCAAGAUAUUCCCUCUCGGAAGAGAGACUCUUGCGCGAGCAGAUCGAGCACACGAUCGUCACGCUGCACGUGGUGCAGGAUGAUCUCGAUGAGAAGAUACAGUGCAAGGUUCUGGAUUGCGAUACUAUAAGCCAGGUGAAGUCCAAGAUCCUCGACGCGCUGUAUAAGAAUACUCCGUUUUCGCUCAGGCCGUCCGUACAUGACGUUGAUCUAGAGUGGCGGCACGGUCGUGGUGGUCACUUGACCCUCCAGGACGAAGAUCUCACGACUAAGUGCUGCGGCGAGUGGAAGAAGAUAAAUACAUUGGCACAUUACGGUGUCAAAGAAUCGGCGGUGAUGUCGCUGAUCCCUCGUCAGAACGACGGUUUCUUAGUGCCGUGCAAACCGCCCUGCCAAAAUUGCAAGCCCUCGCACUUUCAUCCACAACAGCAGCCGUCGAAUCAUCCGCAUCAUCCGCCGUCGCAUCAUCAUUUACAUCGACACUCGAAUCAUUGUUCGUCCACGCAUCUUCCAUCCACACCCAAUCACGGGUUGAUCAGUCCCGUGAUGUACAAUCAUCCCGUGAGCGGCCUAUACUUUGAUUCCCAGCACUCACCGCCCAUCAUAACGGCGAACGGUGACGUUGAGAGCGGCCAUGGCGGUAAUCAGCGGCUGUACCAUCUCGUCAGGCCUAUCGAGGACGUGCACUAUCCUCCCGGUUUAGGCUUCAACAGCAGCAGCAAGCAUCAUCAUCCCGAGAGAACGCACAAGGCGAUUCCGGAGAUAUUCCUCACGCGAUUACUCUCGACCAAGGGUACUGUACAAAAGUUUGUCGAUGAUUUUCUAAACACUAUACUGACCGCCAACGAGGCGCUACCAAGCGCGGUCAAGUGGUUGUUCGAUCUUCUCGACGAGGCGGCCAAGCAGCACGGCAUUAUCGAUCCAGAAGUGCCGCACGCGUGGAAGUCGAAUAGCCUGCCGCUCCGAUUCUGGGUAAAUUUCAUUAAGAAUCCGGACUUUAUGUUCGACAUCAACAAGUCCACGACGGUGGACUCGAGUCUCUCCGUGAUCGCGCAAACAUUCAUGGACUCGUGCUCGAUGACGGAACAUAGACUGGGCAAGGACUCACCGUCUAACAAGCUGCUCUUCGCCAAGGACAUACCGCACUACCGCGAGAAAGUGGGUCGAUUUUACACGGAUGUGCAGAGACUGCCGCAGAUCACCGACCAGGAGAUGUCUAGUGCCAUGCAGCAAUUGAGCGCGUCUCACGCCAACGAGUUCGAUGUGAUCGCGGCGCUGAAAGAGCUCUACAUUUAUGUCAGCAAGUAUUAUGAACAAAUCCUAGAGGCCUUGGAGACAGAUACGGGCUGUCGCAAACUACACCUAGCUCAUAGACUAGAAAAUGUAGCGUACACGCUCGAGGGAGAAGAGACCAGUGCCUGCUGACAUACCCUCCUCACUUCCAUCCCAGGACCCGUCAACCUCUCCAGAAACACUGACUAGUGCCUCCACUUCAUGCAUCAGAUACACCUCGUUACAUAUGUACAAAUAUUACACAAAUACAACACACCGUGUGAAUAACAAUGCCGUAAAAAACAAAAAGAGAUAACGCGAUUUCGUUAGGGCUAGUCAGGCGAUAGGUCACGGGAUUAUAGACACAGUCCUCGUGGUAGUAUUUUACCGUCUUUACGUGUUGGCCAUACCGAAAUACGCUUGUAAACAUGUAUGGAUAUUGGUACGGCAGUAUGUACGCGCCUCUGAUCUUUCAAUUGCGACGCUGGACCGGAUGUCUGAUUGUGAAUCUCUCUGAAAUCGUGUAAGGUAGUAUUUAUAUAUGAAUCUCUCAUCGAAUUCGAAUCUCAAUUCGUAGAAUUUCGCGAACGAUUGUUGUUAUCGUAAUGAGAGAUAAUUUAGUUCUAAGUAAUUAAAUUAUUUUUAUCGUCUACUUUAUUUCUCGCGAUGUUGUUACGUUUACAACAUCAGCUCUUUUGAGAAUCUGAGACGUGGAUCGGUGCAAAUACUUUUAGGAAAGAAAUUUAAAGUGUAAAUUUUAUUCGGUCGAUCUGAUAUCUAUACGUGUGUACGCAAAUACGGAACGCAUAAAGUAAAAAUAACAUGUCUAAUGGUAAGUGAGAGAAAGCCAUAGUGUCCACCAGACUGUCUGUACGGGAACAAACGUACGGCAGCGAGUAGUCUGUGAUCCGAGCACGAGUGGCUAUGCCUAUUAUAUCUUCAUUAUGAUAUAUAUAAUUAUUAAUAUGUUAUAUAUAUAUAUAUACACAUGAAAAAAAAAAUUAUAUAUAAAGCAAAGAAUCAUGCGCGACUCACCUCCAUGGAUUGUAGUGAGCUAGUUAGAGAGGGACUAUAUGUAUUAUAAAUUGAGGGUUGCGCGCCCUUAUAAUUCACAGAGACAGAGUAACAGAUAAUAUUAAAUUAAGGCGAUUAAAGUAACGCGCGUUAAAAGAAAAAAAAAAUUAAAGUUAAAAGUUAUAUAAGAGCAGCUCAGUCUACUCUAGGCCUAUCCACGUAUAUCGUGUACGUUAAACAAAUCUUUUUCUCUUAUUUUUAUCUCUUUUUUGCUUCUCUCUCUUUCUCUGUACGCCAUACACAAAUAUCGUGCUGUACACGGUAAAAUGCUCUCUAAAAUAUUUUAGAAAGAUCAUUUUGUGAAGCAUCUAUCUAAUAACUUUAUCUCUUCUCUUUGUACGUAUUAUUAUAUUAUUAUAUGUUAUUAUUAUUAUUAUUAUUAUUAUUAUUAUUAUUAUUAUUAUUAUUAUUAUUAUCGAUUAUUCAUUAUUAUUUCUUUAUUAUUGUCUAUAUAUACAUAUAAAUAUUAAUACUGCCCAUUAAUUAUUGCUAUAUUGUUAGAAAUAACGAAUGACAGAUGCAAAACGAAACGGAUCUUCAUUUUUAGAUUACCGACGCAAAAUAUUAUAAAAACUGUUUUGAUCAUGUUGUAGAGAAAGAAUUUGGCCGAGAUUUAUGUGCUAUCAUUGUAAUAAUAGUCGUAUGUAUCGCAGACACUCGUCGUGGCACAACGACACACAUGCACACACACACACACAUACGUAGUAUUCUUUGAACAAUCGUAAUUUACUUAUUUUUAAUUAAUAUAUAAGACUGAUAGAAUUUUUUUUAAUUCUCAUUUUUUUUUUCCUUUUCCUUUUUUUUACGAAUCUCUCUCGAUAUUGCGUAACAUCAGUGGACAAUUAUUAUAUUUGUCACGCACACACUGCCAAGUUUUUCCACAAACUAUCGAUCCGUUCAGCCAAUAUAAAAGCUCGUUUAAUCGAGGCGCAACAAACCUUGAUCGACGAGUCGUCGACGUAAGUGCAGGGAGGCUGGGGACUCAUGCUCAUACUUUUGUACUUAAUAAUGCCAUUGUGUAAUUUCAAUUAUAUACUCUAGAUCCCCAGGCUCCCCUGCCAUUCACGAUCAUCAGCAAUCUAUGCAUCUCUAUUAAUAUGUAUAUCGUAUUUAUUUAUAUUACACGAGGAAUAAAUUGUAACUCGAUCGCGUAUGUACGUCAAUCUGUAAGUUUUUUAUAUUUUAUUACGUAUCUCUUUGUAUCGAAUUGUAUGAAUAUUAUAUGUCUGUGUAUGUCUGUUCGCUUUUUUUUUUAUGCAAGUAUAUGCGUCUCUCGGUAUGCGUGCCAUCUGUUUCGACGCGGUAAGGGAUUUGUUCGCUCGAGAUUUUUUUUUAAUUUUUGAAAAAGAACGCGGUCUAAUUUAAUUAUCCAUUCUUAGAGAAUGAUGGUAAAUCUUGUGUAUGUGCAAUGUUGUUAAAUUUAUUUAUUUAUUUAAAUUCAUGUCAUUUAAAGAAUGAUAUUUUGCUCUCUUACCAUGAGAUUCACACGAAGCGAACAUAUUUAAUACCGCUUGAUGCAGUCUUCCCCGGAUGAGAUGGAACGGAGAUUUGAUUUUGGAUUGAAUUUUCAUUAUUAAUUAUCACGCUACGUUUCGUAUGUAUUUUUUACAUAUGUAUAGUUUAACGUUCGCAGAGAUGCCAUGUUUUUCGUCUGCGAACUCGAGAUAUCCAAAAUCAAUUACAGAUACAU